AUGGCCGACGUCCCUAUCCUAUCCACUCGGGUGGACGCCGGCGGCGAAGCUAGCGCUAAAAUAUUAGUGGCGCACCAAUUAAUAAUAUGGGACACAGAUCCUCUGCAGUUGCCAGUGGCAACUGCAGAGAACUACAAUAGAAUCUCAGAGUCCCGGGCGAUCAACCGCUACAUCGCGACCAAGUACAAGUCGGAGGGCCCCGACCUGCUGCCCACCCCGUCGGCGAAGCUGGAGGUGUGGCCGGAGGUGGAGUCGCAGCACUUCUACCCGAACGUGUCCCCCCUGGUGUUCCAGCUCCUCAUCAAGCCCCUGAUGGGCGGCGCGCCGGACCCGAUCGUGGUGGACAAGCACGCCCACCAGCUGGCCGAGGUGCUCGACGUCUACGAGGCGCACCUGGCCCAGAACAAGUACCUCGCCGGCGACGAGUUCACGCUCGCCGACCUCAACCACAUGUCCUACCUGCUCUACCUCAGCAAGACCCCCAAGGCGGAGCUCGUGGAGUCCAGGCCUCACGUCAAGGCCUGGUGGGAGGACAUCUCCAAGCGCCUCGCGUUCGAAAAGACCGUCGCCGCCAUCCCCUUCCCGUCCGCCUGAGUUGAGGGAGCCAGGCGCCUAGUGCUGCCGGAGCCGGACGUGUGUCGUAACGUCGUUGCUUGUUGAGAUCAUCUGGUCGAGUGAGUCGAAUAAAAAGCGUCGUGCUCUGUGCAACAAACCGUUUCUGUGCCGUGGACAAGAUCCAGAACUGUCUCGAUAUUGUAACGCUAGCUCGUUUAUGUGCCGUUUUAG